CAGGUUGUGUGUACAGUGUCCGCUCGGUGUUUCUGUGUGGAGUUGGAGAGAGAAUUGAUGAAGUGAGGAGGAGAUCAUCCGGGAGGUUCUCCUGCAGGUCCUCAGGUCGGUGUGAAGGGAACAAGACCAGCCUCAGGCGUGUACAAGAUGACGACGAUUGUCCACGACGCCUCAGAGUCCGUCCCCCUGUGCCGGGAGUACAACCUCUACCUGAAACCCAUCGCCAAGAUGACCAUCAGUGUGUCGCUCCCUCAGCUCAAGAUGCCCGGGAAGUCCAUCUCCAACUGGGAGGUGAUGGAGCGCCUGAAGAGCAUGGUUCACCCGGAGCAGUUUUCCUCACUCCGGAUCUCCAAGAGCACCAUGGAUUACAUCCGCUUCGAGGGCGAGGCGGAGAACAAGAGCGCCGUCAAACGCUUUCUGACCAACCUGGAAGGGAAGAGUAUCAAACUUAGCGGCUUCACCGAUGUCCUGAAGGUACGCGCUGCUGAAACGAAGACCGACUUCCCCACACGUCACGACUGGGACUCGUUCUUCCGUGACGCUCAGGACAUGAACGAGACCGUCCCCGGAGAGAGACCAGACACCAUCCACCUCGAGGGACUUCCCUGCAAAUGGUUCGCCCAGAGAGACUCCUUAUCAGACAAACCCUCAGAAGACGUCUUGAAGGUGGUGUUUGAAAAGUUCGGGAAGAUCCGUAACGUCGACAUUCCCAUGUUGGAUCCGUACAGGGAGGAGAUGACGGGGAAGAGCUUCAACACCUUCUCCUUCGGCGGACACUUGAACUUCGAGGGCUUCAUCCAGUAUGAGGAUCACACAGGGUUCGUGAAGGCCAUGAGCUCGCUGAGGGGAAUGAAGCUGCUGUACCGGGGCGAGGACGGGAAAGCCAUGGCCUGUGGGGUUAAGGUGUCCUUCGACACAACCAAACACCUGAGCGACUGCUCGCUGAAAAAGAGACACCAGGAGCGCAUGAAGCUUCAGGAGCUGGAGAGGCAGAGAGAGGAGCAGAAAAAAAGAGAGAAGGAGGAGGAGGAGAGACGCAAGGAAGAAGAACGGAAGCAGCGUGAGCUGGAGGAGGCCGAGAAGGAAAAGAGGAGAGAGGAGAAGCUACGGAAGCGAGAGCAGAAACUGAAGGAGCGUGAGGAGAAGAAGAACCAAAAGAAAGUGAAGAAGCAGCAGGAGGAGGAGCAAAAGAAACUCCACCAGAAGAUCGCUCUGGAGGAGAGGAAGCUGCUGCUGGUACAGAGGAACCUGGAGACCAUCCGGCUCAUUGCUGAGCUGCUGAGCAGAGCUAAGGCCAUGAGGCAGCAGCAGCUGGAGCGAGAGAAGGCAGAACUCGUCCGUCUGCAGAAAGAGGCAGAGCUUCAGCGUCAGCAGGAGGCGGAGCUUCGCCGUAAACAGGAGGCGGAGCUGCGGCGGGUGGAGACCGAAAAGGCUCGAGCUCUAGAGCUUCAGAGGAAAGAACGAGAGCUGAGGGACCGAUUGUUGGGGAACCUUCUAAAGAAAACCACAAACCGGGGGGCGGAGUCUAAUGGUGAGGUUGAGGAGGGGGAGGGGCCCAGUCCUGAAGCUCCCACGGCGGAGGGGGCGAACAGAAUCUCCACCCCUGUCACCAGGGGGCACCAAGAGAGCAAACCACGGAAAGAGGAGGAGCAGCGAUCCUCCAGAGAAUGGAAUCACAGUUGUGGGAGGAGCCGGAGUCGGAGUAGGAGUGAUCAGAGGAGGAGCAGGAACCGGCGGUACCGAAACGGGCACAGUAGAAAUAGCAGCGGUCAGAGACAGAGUCGAAACAGGAGGCCCAGUCGUGGGCGGAGCUUAAGCAUGAGUAGUAGUCAAAGGCGGGAAAGACGGAGGGAUAGAAAGGGUGGAGGGCGGAGCCAUAGGUACAGCCAUGGAGAGAGUGGCAGCAGCAGCAGCGGAAGAAGCACGAGUCGGUCUUCCAGUCGAGAGCGGAGUCGCCGAUCCAGGCGCCACUGAAUACACACAUUACUGUAACAAUUUCACAAAAUAAAUUAAAAUAAAGUGUGUUAAUGACUUUAGGAUGUGUUCAGGAGAGAUGAUGAUCUGCACAUGGUGCUGUUUAAAGCUCUGAGAGGAGACCAGGGGUCACCUGAAGGUUACACCAGAGUUAUUACACGUUAUUUUGUUUGAGUUAGCAUUGUUACACUGUAGGGUUACGCGACUAGCGUUUUUCACAACCGAAACAUGUUCAGGGCUUUGGCUACAGCGCGUUUCCCCUGACUGAUUACAACACCGUUAUAAACCCCGUUAUAAACCACACCCACAUCACCAGAUUAAGUUUAGCUACUUUAUUAAACAUCUCCAGCACUGAUGGAAAUAGGGACGAGAACCGAUACCAUAUCAUCACAAUACCUCGGUCUCGAUUGGAUCUGUGUUUCAAUAUUCAAUAUUAUAAUUAUUAUUAUUAUUAUUUCAUACAACUUUGAACAAGCUUAGCAAAUAAUUAGUUUCUACGACACAGGACGCUGUGCUGCCUGACGAUAAGGGAAUCAUUUAGAGCUCCACCUGUAGGAUUAUAGAAGAACUGCAGCAUUUUUACCGCCUCAAAUGCAAACAUGUAUAAAUGAAUAAAACAAGAAAAAGAAUAGACUUGAGUGAUUUUGGAGACGCAACUCACCACACACAGGAGAAUCGUGAUGCGUCACUGAGUAGAUUUUUUCCGACUUACAGGGAACGGUAUGAGGACACGGUACGGUGUUUUACACUCGAGACGUUCCUGCUCUUAUAAUAGAAGUGUAUAAUAAAAGUCCACUUUAGUUAUGGUGGAGGCGGAGCUCAGUCACAUGACCUCGCCUUAGUUUUAAGGGUUCCAUACGACUCCAAAGAUUUUAGUUACACAGUAUAAUAGCUGAAGGCUAGCAUACGGCCUAACUAACACAGCAGUGUGCUAGCACUAGAUGUUGAUGAAAACCUGAUCAUUUCAGAACAAAGUGUUUAUAUCCUGAUUGUUCCUGAAGUGUGUGUGUGUGUGUGUGUGUGUGUGUGUGUGAUAAGAGAUAAAUAACUAAUGUAGCACUGGACCGAUCAGCUUCAGGUCGUAUAAUCAGGCUAAGUUGCUGAGUUUACGCUACACACAGCAGCAGGAGUGUGUGUGUGUGAGAGAGAAAGUUGAACUGGUUCUGUGGAACAUUACAGGAAUAAUUAUAUUAACAAUGCAGACUUUAAAACAAAUGAAAGCAGUAAUUAAGUUAAGAACGUCAUUAUCAGACGAAACAAUCAGUAUUUCUUCAACUUUAGUAAAAUAUUUAGAAAUGAAGGUUUGGGUUUAGUGACAUCAUGCUGCAGCUCAGCGACGUCGCCGCUGUUACAGACUGUGUGUGUGUGUGCAUGUUUUGUAAACUGUGGUUAGA